CAGCGUUGAAUUAACCCGACCAAUAGCACGAGUUCGGUAGUCAUCGAGCGACAGUCGUGGAAGGUGCUAUUCCGACGCGUUGUAAUUUUACCUAAUUUUAUAGUGACAUGCGCGUAGUUAUUACAAAAUUGUGACUAAAAACACACAAAACUAUUGGAUUUCAGUGAACGAUCGAAGUGGGAGUGCAGUGUUCAAUAUAAUUCUGUAAUAACAUAAUUUAUUCCGGGUUUGUUUUAAGCAUUGGUGCAGUGUUUAUGUUCGGAGCGCGCCGCUCUUUCCGUUCGGCGGCGGCGUGGAGGGACGUCGCCCUCGAAGAUUCCAAAUAGAGAUGAAGAGACGAGUGGUAAACCUCGCGGCGGCGAGGUGAGACGGUGAUGGAUCACGCGGUGAAGGCGAUGUCAGCGCGCGGGCCGCUCGCGCGGCUCGUGGCGCGCCGCCGUUUCGAGUCCGCUGAGCUUGAAGAACUUUACGCUCGGUACGCGUGCAAAUUACAACGCACCUCCGUCGGCUAUGCGCUAGCGCUGUGGGCUGUGCUGGCGGCGGCGCUAGCUGCUGUCGAGGCGACCCGAGGCUGGCGAACGGCACCUCAGGUGGGCGUGCUCAGUGCGCACGCGCUGCUCUGUAGCGGGCUCACGUGGUGGUGCGGGUACGCGGGUGGCGUCGCCCCCGAGCGGCGCCUGCCUCGUGCUUGUUGGCUAGCCUUAGUCGGCGGAGGCACCGCACUUGCAUGUACCCUCCCUGCGUGGGGCCCCGGGUCCGCUGCUGAAGGGGCAGCGCACGUCGUCUGGGCAGUGUUCGCUGCGUACGCUCUCCUCCCCGUAGGCGCCCCUGUUGCGGCCGCUUUUGGUGUGGUACUACCUACUAUUCACACCAUCGCUGCGGCCCUCGUCGCCAAUAGAUUCCCUUACCACGUGUGGCAACAGAUAGUUGCUAACGUCGUGGUGUUUCUGUGCGUGAACGUGGUUGGUGCGUUGAUGCACUCGCUGAUGGAGACCGCUCAGCGGCGCGCCUUCCUCGACACUCGGAAUUGCAUCGCCGCCCGUCUCGACAUGGAGGACGAAAACGAAAAGUUGGAACGACUGCUGCUCUCGGUUUUGCCUCAACACGUGGCAAUGGAAAUGAAGAACGACAUAAUAUCGCCGGUGGAGGGCCAGUUCCACAAGAUCUAUAUCCAGAAACAUGAACAAGUCAGUAUUCUAUUCGCGGACAUCGUGGGCUUCACGGUGCUCGCAUCGCAGUGCAGCGCGCAGGAGUUGGUGCGGCUACUCAACGAAUUAUUCGGCCGGUUCGAUCAGCUCGCAAAUGAUAAUCACUGCCUACGCAUCAAGAUCCUGGGCGAUUGUUACUACUGCGUAUCCGGGCUGCCCGAGCCUCGGUCUGACCACGCCCGAUGUACCGUCGAGAUGGGGCUCGACAUGAUUGAUGCUAUCGCAUCCGUCGUUGAGGCGACGGAUGUUCAGCUGAACAUGCGCGUUGGUAUCCACACGGGGCGUGUGUUGUGCGGAGUGCUGGGAUUGCGCAAAUGGCAAUAUGAUGUGUGGUCCAACGACGUUACGCUCGCUAACAAUAUGGAGGCGGGCGGGGAGCCAGGGCGAGUGCAUAUCACUCAGGCUACGCUUGAUAGCUUGGGUGGUGCGUACGAAGUAGAGCCAGGCCACGGCGCUAACAGGAACGCUUACCUAAGGGACCAUUCAGUGCAAACUUACUUCAUCAUUCCCCCACCGAGGCGGAGAAAAAUGUGCCUAUCAGCCGGUGUCGGUUUGGGCACGGGAUCUCGUCGAAAAUUAUCUUUUAAGAACGUCUCCAACGUUGUCGUACAAUUACUACACUCAAUUAAAUUCAACGUGGACGUCCCCUUCUCCAACAUGGCUGCCUCUCCCCAGGAGCUCAAAGCCAACGCAGCUAGAAAGAAUAAGGUCACGGAGAAAUUUAAGCGGCCUCUGAAAAAGCGUCAUUCGUCUGUAUACCACCAGCCCACGAACCGCGUGAACAAAUACCUGGCGCAAGCGAUCGACGCUCGAUCCGUGCACCGCGAGAAGGCGACGCAUGUCCAUCUGCUGACGCUCUGUUUCAAGGACCCCGCUAAGGAGGCACAGUACCGGGCAUCCACGGACGGUGGUUGGGCGGGAUCGUUAGGUGCAGCUUUGGGUGCGCUGGUAGCAGCUGGUGCGCUUCAAGCGGCUAUCCUGCCGCGUACUACUAUUGUGCUGCUAUUAUUCGUGACCGCCUUCGCGUGGUCAGCAGCGGUGCUGGCGCUGACGUUAGCAGCGCGCUUGAGACUUGUGCCUUGUGACGUUUCUCGGCCUUUUGCUCUACGGAACGCGAUCACAACAUUUACUAUAGUGCUGGGUUACGCGGUUGGACAAGCCAAUGUGGUAACAUGUCGAGAAGUGAACGUUUGCAAGAAUCUCACAGAGAACAUAACGACCAUGGACGAGAUAAGAUUUAUGAGUGGUGACGUGGCCGCCGCCCUGUGGAGCAGUUCCGAUCACCGCGCUUGUCCAGUGCCUCUGUAUAUCACGCUCGGAUGCUGUCUCAGCAUGCUGACCGUUGCGGUGUUCCUACGGCUACCUAUACUAGUCAAAGGGGUACUCCUAGCUGUCAUCACCGCAGGAUACAUGGCCGUCAUAAUGGCUUAUCAUAAGGAUCUGUUCGAUUGCUACGAUCUGAUUACAGAGCCCGGUAUAGUUGGUUCAGCGUAUAUAGCAUCAGCGUGGGCGCUCGCAUUGGCACUGGCAGUACUAUUACACGCGCGGCAAACUGAAUGGACGGCGCGUCUAGACUUCCUGUGGCAGGCGCAAGCGCGUGAUGAGAAACGAGAUAUGGAUGCGUUACAGGCUUCAAAUAGAAGGAUCUUGUUCAACCUUCUUCCCGCUCAUGUGGCAACUCACUUCUUGGACAACCAGUUCAGAACUAAUAUGGAUCUCUACCACCAGUCGUACCAGCGCGUGGGAGUGGUAUUCGCCUCCAUCACCAACUACCACGAGUUCUACAUGGAAUUGGACGGGAACAACCAGGGCAUGGAGUGUCUGAGGCUGCUCAACGAGAUUAUCGCCGACUUCGAUGAGCUGUUAGGAGAAGAUCGUUUCAGUGCGAUAGACAAAAUCAAAACUGUUGGAUCCACGUAUAUGGCAGCUGUGGGUCUGAUACCCGAUAAGAAGAUGAUGGACGAAGCCAGCGCACGGAAGCAUAUGGCUACACUCGUCGAGUUCGUGUUCGCCAUGAGAGAUAAACUAAAAGAUAUCAACGAUAAUUCCUAUAACAACUUUAUGUUGAGAGUGGGUAUCAAUGUGGGGCCAGUAGUGGCUGGAGUGAUAGGUGCUAGAAAACCCCAGUACGAUAUAUGGGGUAAUACAGUCAAUGUUGCGUCUCGUAUGGAUUCAACUGGGUUGCCGAACCACACCCAAGUCACCGAAGAGGUGUACCAAGUCCUCAAAGACAUGCCUUACCAAUUCGUGUGCAGAGGCAAAGUCAAAGUGAAAGGCAAAGGCGAAAUGACUACGUACUUCCUGACUGAUAGAGCGCCAUCUAACGGAACAGGACUGACUUCUUCUAACGGACAACCUCAGAAUCCUCCUACAGCGUACGGUGGGGUGGCAACACCACUCGCUAUGUUGCAGAACUCGGCUAGAAGAGCUGCAGCUCAACCAUCCAGACUUCCACCUGUUAGGGAAACAUCAGUAGCCGCCGAAAACGAACCUCUACUUCCAUCUAACGGCCACCAAAAUAACGGGAACAAUCAUAAAGGCAGUAAAGGUAGAAGAAACAAAGAUGAAGAAACUCCGCCUCCUCCGCCGCCACAUGGGAUAUCGGGGAAUCCAAGAUGGCCGCCGCCUCGAGCGUUAGUGCCUCCAUGGCCUCGACCUCAGGAGUCUCGUCCUCCUGUAGUACAUAAAAGGAGAGCUCCCACGAGGCUACCUCGACCGCGAUCGAGCGAGAGUCUACCUUUAGCGCGUAGUCCUCGAGUCCAUUCAUCUGCCGAUGAGCUGAGUUCUUUAACGCGAUCGCCGAGUCUCAGUUCUUCAGACGAAAGCUAUUCAAGAACAACAGACGCUUCACCAUCACCUCCUCGACCUCAUAACCCACAAUGGUUACCUUCACAACGGAUCAACGCUCUGCCGGCAUACGAUUACCCACCUGUCAGAAAUGCUAAACCGAACCCUAACCACAUUAAUGAAAUAUACGCUAAACAUAAACCGAGUAAAAAACCUUUGGACGAUAAGUUCGUAGACGGUAGUAUUAACUUCCAAAAAGAGGAGGAGAAAUUACAGAGAAGUAUAAUAAAUAUGUUGCAAGCUUCCGCUAAGAGAGAUGGUUGCUGUCAGACAGACAAGAAGGUGAGCGAACGGUUGACGAACCGAACGAAUUCAUUUUCGAGUUCGGGCAGUAGACCAAACAAUCUGAAGCAUCUAAAUCAUGAUAGUAGAGAAUUGUUCACUAAAAGAAGUCCGACGGACGUGGCUUGCGUACCGCCAUUCGAGAGAGAGAUCCAAAGGCUGCUCGAUGAUAAGAAUCGUAUUAAAAACGUUCCACAAAAGUCUGAGAGAAAAGAACUAAAGUUGGAGCUUAGGGGUCAAAAUCCAGCUUUGGAGCCGCUGCGCAACUGUAACAACAAUAGCAGCCCAUUGCACGCGGUGGGUUUGGCGGCAAUAACGCAGUUGGUGCGGACCGCCUCCGUGCCCGCGCCCGCUCCCGCCGUCGCUCAUGCGCCCGCGCCCGCCGCUGGCACGCCCACGCGCCCGCAUGACUUCCCUGGCGUUUUACCUACAGAUGUGGUCGUGCAACUACCCUCGCCUUAUCACUCCGUCGGGAACGGUGCUAGUCCACCUUGUGAACGAAAAGCUGAAGCGACUUCUUCUAUGGAUAAAGAAGAAAAAGAAAUUCAAGAACGACUGCACAACCGGGUAACCACUUCGAGUCACAGAGAAAUGGGAAUCUACGGCGAAAGUCAGUCGGAGUGGAGUUCGUCAUGUUCCGAGGGCGAGGGCGAAGGGGAGGGGGGACAACCGGAAAGCACUGGAUAUACGACAGACGAUCCGGCUUUGGAAAACGUCUCUAUGCUCAACGAGGCAGGUCUUACCGACGCUGAGGCUGCGCUCAGUGACGUCAACUCUUGCUACUUCGAUCGAGACGAUGACGUAUCAUCGCGUGCGUCAUCACGCCUCCUAGACUCCGAAGCGCUCGUAUCCCUUGAAUCCCUCAGCGCCAUCUACGACUCCGACGAGCCAGCGCACAGAUACUUAGCGAACAUUCGCACCGUCAGUGAAUCGAUCACGAGGAAUUUCGGACAACCGGCUCACGUCACCGACGGCGAGAGUGAUGUCUAAUCACGUAAGUGAUGUUAAACUCUAAUUCAAAUCAAAACCCUUUCGGUUUUAAUUACGAAUAUAAUGUGAUAGCGAAGAAAUCUCAAAACUGUCAAUCGAGUGAGAUCCGUUUAGUGUAAGCGACUUUCGGUUUGGCUCUCUAGUAUCUAUAAAUCGUUAUUCGUAACCAAUACUCACGAAAGGUGAUCCUAAUAUGGCAUUGUUCUUGAACGUUGAAGGGAAGAGUUUGUUUUUGACCCCCCUUUAUACUUUAAUCGUUGUCAUUGACCUACGAUGUGCCUGUUUUGUAAUGAUUUUACGGUGUAAAUUGUGUCGAUAUGUACCUAAUACUUACCUGUAUAAUUAAAAAUGUAUGAUAUUCAUGUACAGCCGAAGUGCCAUGUGAUGGCUCGUGAAUCAUCAAUUGACUAUGCGAUGAUCUCUACAAUUAUAAGGUGCUCUGAAUUAGAAUUAUUUGUGGUUCGUCUUGUGAUAAUUGUAAAGGAAUUUGCACUCGAGCGACCAAUCUCUGUAGAAUCCUGUAUUUAGUUUUAGGGCUGGCCCCUCUGGUCUUAUACGGUAGACUCUAGGAGAUAAUGUGUUUGUCUCGAAAUCAUCACUCAAUGAGCUUCAUGGGUGUCGUGUAUUAUAUAAUAAACUUGCAUUUCAAUUUUUAGCAUAAAAUAUACUGUUACCAUAGAUAAACAAACUGGAGUAAUAUUAUAAACGAUUUGUUGAUAUAAUGUUUCAAGUUUCACAUAACUUUCAGUGCAAUUGUAUUUGUUUUACAGUAUUAUGUUGUAAGGAGAGAUAUUUUGUGUAUUAAACUGUCCCCGAUAAGCCCCAAGACGCUCUAUUGUAACAUAUUUAUAUUCACCGUUCUCUUGAAUUUAUAGUCGAGUCACUGAGAGAUCUCAUUGAUUCUAAUACUUUAUGGUAUAAAGGAUUACAUUAUAUUUUAAGACAAUGCAAUUUA